AUGGCGACAAGACGUCUCAUCUGUGGGCUGGCAUGGGUAAUGCUCAGCAUUUUAUUGGUGACACUAUCAGCCAACGCAAAAAGGACAGUACCAGAGUCAGUGGGUGCCUAUAUAGACCAGUGGCACCAAGACAGACAUUUGCUGCAUGUUGAGGACGAUUCCGGAAGCAAAGAAAAUAAAGGCAAAGAAAACGAACAUGACAGUAAAGGGAAGACGGAGAAUGACGCUGGCCCACUGGUGGUCAAGAAACUAGAGAAGGACAACCUUGGCCUGACACAUGGCUUCGUUGCCUCCAUCUCUGUCAUUGUCGUGUCUGAAUUGGGUGACAAGACAUUCUUCAUUGCUGCCAUUAUGGCCAUGACACAUUCCAGAAUGACUGUCUUGAUGGGAGCCCUGGCCGCUCUUUAUUUUAUGACGAUUUUAUCAGCUAUGGUGGGCUAUGCCACAACAGUCAUCCCAAGAGCUUUAACUUUUUAUAUUUCAUCUGCACUCUUUGCAGUAUUUGGUCUGAAGAUGUUAAGAGAAGGUUGGUACAUGUCAGACGAUGAAGGUCAGGAGGAAUAUGAAGAGGUCCAGGCUGAUUUAAAGAGACGGGAAGAUGAGCGCCACGCCCAGUUGGAACAGGAAGAUAAUUCAAUUGAAAAACAAAAUUUACCAACCCAAGAUGUCGAGACUGGGAUCAUACGGUCGCCGGGAAGACGAUUUGUGUCUGGGAUUUUGUCCACGGUUUUCCUGCAGGCUCUGACCCUGACCUUUCUUGCAGAGUGGGGCGACAGAUCUCAAAUAGCAACUAUCAUACUGGGAGCUAGAGAGAAUGUGUUGGGCGUAAUAGUUGGCAGCUGUGUUGGCCAUACCAUAUGUACAGGUCUAGCUGUGAUAGGAGGAAGGUUUAUAGCACAGAGGAUAUCUGUUAGAACAGUCACAUUAAUAGGCGGUGUAGUCUUCAUCUUGUUUGCUCUUUCUGCCUUAUGGAUAGGACCUGGCACGUAGAGACACUGGCACUUUGGGUUUGAAUGUCUUCUGGAUGUGUACAUACAGGGCUUGGGGGUCAAGGGUCAUGUGUUCUCAUUCUUGUGUGUCAAGGACGUGAGCGAGGUUUACAAAUAUGUUUAUCUGUUACAUUGAUGAGAUGUGUGUUUGGUGUAAUGUAUCUGUUUCAAUUUCAAAUGUUUUCCCCAUCGAUAAAAUGUAACAAAUUGGUUUGGAUUUGAUCUUUUUUUUUAUAAUUCGUCAAAUUUGGAAAUCAUGACUCACAGCAUAGAAAAACAAGACACAUUGUUUUUUUUAGUGAAAAGAACAUUUUUCUGUCUGGGAAAAGAAGAUUAAAAGAUAGUUUUGUUGUACAGCCACUUGAUUUGUGUCCAUGACUUAAGUGUUCAAGGUCACCUUUAGUGUUUAAAAGGUGUAUCCCUUCUUUGCAUUGGUUUGCAGACGUCAAUUUCAUUUCUCUCCCUUGGUUGUUAGCAAGAAUUUCAUGUUGUCAUUGAUUGAGCCUCUUUUAGAUGACACUGCCCUAUAUAACAUCUGCAAAGCUGUUUGGCUUUAACAUUCGUUGGUAUUCCACUAAGUCCCAGUAAUUGUAUUCCAACAUUCUGUGUAGUAGUUGUUGUUGUUUUUUUGUUGUUUUUUUUUUGUUUACCUUAGCUUUAAUUUAUUUAGGAAUUAAAGAAUCUCCAUCUGACCUGUCAAAUGGAAAUUGGUUAACUGUGAAGUCUUAUGAUUUUAGACUUCUGACUGACUGGUUAAAUGUAAUACUUCAAAGCGUUUCUCUUGCAGGGUAGUUCAUCUUUCAUGUUGGUUAGUGCUAGUGAUGCCAACCAGAGUAGGUGAGAAAGGAUUCCAUAAAAACUUGUGUUAAGCUCUUGUGCACAUUUCAUUUUUUGUUUAACUUGUGUCCCUUUUCUAAUGAAAUCAAUGCUAAUUUACCUUAGUCUGAUUAUCUGUCACAUUUACAAUAAACUUUUAUUCAUAGCUAAAGUUGAUAACUGACAGUUAUAAAUAUAUAUAUAUAUAUAUAUAUGUAUGUAUGUAUGUUUGUGAUUGAAACCUUUUAGAUAUGUUAUUGAGGGGGGAAAAAAGCUGUUUUUAAAUAAAAUGUGUGUGUUAAUUAGUUACUGCAUAUUAAUGAUCAUCUAAACACCAUCAUAACUCAUAAUAGAAACUUGUUGAUUUGUACAUUUGUCUUAAUGGUACACACGUCUGUGUAUUCUGGGUUUAUUUGUAGAUGGCAAACUUGUUGUUUUUCUUUACAUCUGUUGAUCAUAUAUCAUAUUGAUAUGUCAUCUAUUGACCAGACACGUAGGAAAGAAGGAAGUCUCAAGGUCAUUACCUAAUUUGGUGUUGGUAUCUUCUAGGCCAAGAGUGGGCUGUACAUUAUUGUAUGCAUUUUAUAUUUACAACUGAUCAAUACCCAGUUGUACAUCUAGGACCAGAAAAUAAUGUUCGGAGAUGGAAAUAUUUUGUGUAAAUUUCUUGAAAAAAAAAAAAGAUACAUUUUUUUUAAAUUUAAUUUUAAAUGUUGUUCUGUCUAGAAGUUUGUUUGUGGUGCCACAGUCCCGUGUAAGCAGCAUGUUCAUUUUAGUUACUGCUGAGAUUUAUCUCGGCAAAGUUCUGUUCUCUAAAGUUUCACCAUGUUUUUUAAGACUUGGAAGGCUCCCAGUGAAGGCUACCUGGUCAAGUGGUAUGCGCUCUUGACUGGGUAGUCCUGGGUUUGAAUCCUGCUAUCCACCACCCACCGUCACCCCCCCACCACCCUGCAGGAAGUUUGGUCAAGGAUGUAAUAAUCUUCAAUCUAAAAUAUGUAAAAAAAAAAAAAAAAAAAAAAAGAUCAGAAAGCUUUGAAAGCCUUUCCCAUUUCAGUUAAAGUUUUACUAUACAUUAAGUAUGAUCAUUAGGAAAUGUUUCCUAUCUGGCAAUAUUUAUAUACAACUGGCUGGAUGUGGGCCGUAGUUUGUGUAUCACUAGUGCAUAUUAAAUGAUAUGCCUGGUUUUUAUAUCUUGUCCAAUUCUGAAAAUGAGGCUUUCCAUUUAGUUCAUUUUGUUUAACUGCUUGAAGCUCAACUACUGUGCUCCUGGCCAUGCAAUGAAAAUGAGGAUGCAUGCUAGGUGUGCUCUACACACUUGAUGUGCUGUGUUCUUAUAAACUAUAAUCUUUAUUCAAAAUUAAAGGUUUGCUAAAACUAUGUUAAGAGUCAACUGAAAUGUUCAGUGCUGAUCACGUGACCUACAUGCUAUAAUCUAGUUAGAUAAAGAUGUCACUAGUGUUGUCACUGCUGUAUAAGUUUCUACACAUUACACUUGUCAAAUAGACAUAAACUCUAUCCAUGUCUAUUAACCAGUACCUAAGGUACCUGUAGUUAAAGUGAGAUUUAACUUGUAAGCUUUGUUUUGUUUGACAUCAUUGAAAGGAGAAAUUGGGGGGGAAAAGUAAGUUUAACAGAGCCCUUAUGUCAAUUAAAAAAUUAUUUAUUUUUUUUUUACAUUUGCGACAUUUUAAUUAAUUUUUUUCUUAAAUAAAAGAAUAUAAAUGCUGCACUAGUUUUGUCUUAAAUUUUGAGCAACCUAAUCCUUUUUGUGAUUUUGUUAAGGCGUUUCUAGAGGGUUUUUUUAGAGAGUCAUGUGCACUGACCACAUUUGUAUGUACCGGUAGCUGAUUUAAAAAAAAAAAAAAGAUUUCAUGAAACAUUUUGAUUUGUAGCUUUGCUUCACUAGAAGGAUUAGAGUUUUUAAGAACCCAUUGAAAAUUUUAUUGAAUGCUAAAUUCAGUUUUGUGAAACUUUCUUGUCAUGACAACACUGAAAACAUGAUGGAACAUUUAUUUUAUUGACUUGUAGGGACAAAGAGAAAAGUGUUUGAUUGUUUUUGACCUUACAACUAUAUAGUGACCUUUCAACUAUAUAAUGACCUUUCAACUAUUCAUAGCCGAGUUUGUUGCAAAAUGCUGAAAAAUUGUUUUUUUUAAAUAGCCUAUCAUAAAAACAAAGCUAGUUUUAAAUUACACGCAUUAGGUACCGGUACCAGUGACCUCAAGAUCAAAUCCCGGUGAAGGAAACAAUUUUUCAUUCAGAAAUUUAGUGUGUCCCAGAAUGCACUCUACAGACAUUGUGCUGGCCACACAAGGUACUUUUGACUAUUUGUAUUUGGUCCAUGUAUUUUUGAAAGCUGUCAUCCAUAUUUGAAACAUGAGCGUCAAGAGAAAUCAGAGCCACAUAAUGUUGUUUAAAAAACCAAUGAGCUGUUAUUAAAAAAUAUAUUGUCUACUAGCAGUCUAAGUGUAAUGGACAUUUUACAUUUAUUGUAGUUAUAGCCAGCUGUUUGGUGUAUCUUGCGUACCCAAUAUAUAAAGUGUUGAUUAACUUUGUCAUUUAAAAGGAAUACGAAAAAUUGUGUGCACUUUUUUAGCACCGAAGAACUAAAUUGAUGAGUAUAUUUGCUUGAAAAACUAUUUUCUGUUACUUAGUUGGCAGCAGGGCUCCUUUAAUAUAGCGUCCUUGACAUUGUUUAGAAUGGAGAAUUUGGGGAAAUCUCCGAUAAAAGAGAAACAGAAAUCAGUAAGUCAGUUAAAAAUUUUUCUGUUGCAGUAAUGUGAGGGUAUGGUGAAAGUUGAAUUACUUUGACUGCGGUCAAUGUUGAGGACUGAGGUCUUUGUCCGGUCUUUUAUUUCCCAUAGUCCACAUAUUCUGAGAAGGAUUAUAAAAACUAGCCAUUUAAAUGCAAGUAUUUAAUGUAAAGUAUUUCAGUGGAAGAGUUCAUGUUUUUAAGUGUCUCAAGUCUGCUAUAACUCUCCUAAAGAUGAAGUUUUUAUUUUGCUUUCAUGUACACAUGAUACUCACUUCUGUUUGUGUACUGUUCUAUUUAUAGAUCAUGUUCCAUACAUAGAGCAUAUUUAGGUAUCAUCUAUUAUGUUAGGUCAACAAUGUUUGUGUCUUGUGUUGAAAUUUCACAAUUAAAAAAAUAUGUAUAUUUCUAGAA